AUGUAUUCAAAUAUGGCCGCCUCCAGACAGCAGCGACAAGAAGGGCGCAGACAUAACACCUCGUAUGGCAACGUGGGAAAUGCGGUAGUCCGCGCUGUUUCAAAAGUUCCAGACCGUCGCUGGCCUCUAAAAUACAAAAACAAAGCAUCCCAGUUGCUGGCAGUGUCCCAAGAACGAGAGAAAAUGGCCAAGGCCCAGGAAUCACUGAUAUUCAGCGAUGUGGUUGUGAAGUUCACCUGGGAGGAGUGGCAGAUCCUGGACCCUGCUCAGAAGGACCUGUUCUGGAAUGUGAUGUUGGAGAACUAUAGCAACUUGGUGUCCAUUGGGUGUCGAGGUAGCAAACCAGAUGCACACCCCAGGUUGGAACGAGAACAACCAUGGACUUUAUUAAACAGAAGCCAUAGUGAAAUCUUUUCAGAAAUCCAGAAUGUUGAUGAUCAUCUGCUUGCGCACUCGCAAACUGAAAGAAGGGUGGACAGCAUGGAACAGUGCUAUGAGCAUAAUGCAUUGGAAAAUAUUGUUCAUCGGCCCCAAAAUCAUUUUUCUUUCAGGGAAAAUCAUGGUAUGUUUGACUUAUGUGAAAAAGCUGUGAAAUCAAAUUUAACUUUACCAGCAAUCAACCAGAGCAAAAGCGAUGAAAUAAAAAACUCUGCUGAGCUUAAUGGAGAUGAGAAAACCUUUGUCCAUUCUGGCCAUGAGCAAUUUUGUACUGAAAUGAAAUUCCCUGAGAGUCAGAAAUCAAACAGCAUGAAGUCCCAACUCAUUAAGCAUCAGAAAACUCACAAAACAGAGAAACCAUAUGUAUGUAGUAAAUGUGGGAAAGCCUUCAUCAGGAAGUCUUUCCUAACCAAUCAUCAGAUCAUUCAUACCGGAGAGAAACCCUAUAGAUGUAGUCUAUGUGGGGAAACCUUCUUUAAAAAGUUCAAGCUCAUUGAACAUCAUCACACAACUCAUAAAGGACAAAAACCAUAUAAAUGCACAGAAUGUGGCAAAGCCUGUCUCCGUAAGUCACACCUCAGUAAACAUCAGAAAACUCAUAUGGCAGAGAAACCCCAUAUAUGCAGUGAAUGUGGAAAAGGAUUCAUCUAUAAAGUAGAUCUCACUGUUCAUCAGCGAACUCAUACUGGAGAGAAACCCUAUAUAUGCACUACCUGUGGAAAACGCUUCAUCGGUAAACGUGAUCUCACUGUUCAUCAGCGAACUCAUACUGGAGAGAAACCCUAUAUAUGCACUACAUGUAGAAAACGCUUCAUCCGUAAAAGUGAUCUCAUUCUUCAUCAACGAACUCAUACUGGAGAGAAACCCUAUAUAUGUAGAGAAUGUGGAAUAGGCUUCACCCAGAAGGGAAAUCUCAUUACUCAUCACCGAAUUCAUACUGGAGAGAAACCCUAUUUAUGUGAUGAAUGUGGUAAAGCCUUCAGUCAGAAGACAUGCCUCGUAGCACAUCAGAGAUGUCACACGGGAAUAACUCCCUUUUUGUGCAGCGAAUGUGGAAAAUUUUAUUCUCAGAAGUCAAGUCUCAAUAGACAUCAGAGAAUUCACACCGGCGAGAAAUACUUUAAAUGAGGUGAAUGUGAGAAAGCCUUCGACAAGAAGCCAAACCUCAUUGUACAUCAAAGAUCUCAAGGAGAGAUACUGUAUGGUUGCAGUGAGUGUGGAAAAACUUUUGCCUACAUGUCUUCCCUUUUUUCAUAUGAAAGAAUACACAAUAGAGAGAAAUGUUUAGAUUCAAUCAAGGUGGAAACCUUCCACAGUGAGGCACAUACCAGUGAUCUCAUGCAGCAGAAAAACCCUGUUAAUACAGUGACUAUGCUGAUGCCUCCUGUGGCAGCUCAGACAUCUAACAUCGAUGGGUUCCUAACAAAUAGGAACAUAGUCCUUGUGGGACAGCCUGUUGCUAGAUAUGAACCCUCAAGAGCUAACAGAGAAUUUGUACAGGAGAGAAACCUUAUGAAUGCAGCAAAUGUGGUAGUGCCUUCAGUAAUCAAUUACCUCUUAUUUUAUGUCACCUAAAACAGGUUUGUGGUGUUGGCAAAGAAUAUUGAAUAUAACGUGGAUUGCCAAAAGAACGAACAAAUCUGUCUUGGAAGAAAUACAA